UGAAAUGACAUUGAUAUGAGUCUGAGAAAUAUAAAUUAAAAAAGAAAUCCUUAAAUUGGCUCCUUGUAGAGGUAGAUCUGGCGUUUGCUCAAGACUCAAGAGACUAUUCCUAGCAGUAACUGCAACACUAAAACAAAAAUAUAAACCAAUGACAUUGCUUUUAUUUUUUUGUCUAAUUUUUCAUAUGAUAUGAUAUAGUUAUUACUUAUUAGUGAGUAUUGGGAAGGGAAGGAAAGAAAAACCGGCAUUGGAUUCGUUGAUUUGGCAUCCCCUGAGACAUGGGCCCCAGAGGAUUGGCACACUGAAAAUUUAUAUGUAUGAGUAAGUGUGGAGUGGGAGGAGGUAUGUAAUGUAAUAUAGGAAGUAGGAAGAGGCGGUUGCAUUGGUGUGGGCUUUGGAGGCCCUCAUUCCAGUCCUUCACAAAAUGGGAGAGAAAGAGACAGAGAAGGCAAUCUGGGAGCAGAUGAGAGGCCCUCCCAUUGCCUCACACCACCCAACCAUACCCAAGAUUCUACUCCUUCUCAUCCUCUUCGUUUCCCUCACCUACGUAGUCUACACGCUCAAGCUCGUCUCCACCUCACGCGCCUGCAACCACCUUCCCUUCGCCACUCAAACCGACCCCGAGGACCGCACCGCCCUCCGCCACGUCGUCUUCGGCAUCGCCGCCUCCGCCAAGCUCUGGAACCAGCGCAAGAACUACAUCAAGCUCUGGUACAGACCUAGGGAGAUGCGCGGCGUCGUCUGGCUCGACCAGAACAUCACGCCGGAGCCCGACGAGGACUCUCUCCCGCCGGUGAGAAUCUCCGGCGACACCGCCAGGUUCAAGUACACGAACCGGCAGGGGCACCGGUCGGCGAUCAGGAUCUCGCGGAUCGUGUCGGAGACGCUGCGGCUGGGGCUGAAGGACGUGCGGUGGUUCGUGAUGGGCGACGACGACACCGUUUUCGUGACGGAGAACCUGAUUCGCGUUCUGAGGAAAUACGAUCAUAACCAGUUCUAUUACAUUGGAAGCUUAUCGGAGUCCCACUUGCAGAACAUUUUCUUCUCCUACAACAUGGCCUACGGUGGCGGAGGUUUCGCCAUUAGUUACCCUCUCGCGAAAGCUCUCUACAAAAUGCAGGACCGUUGCAUUCAGCGUUACCCUGCUCUCUAUGGCUCCGACGAUAGAAUGCAGGCUUGUAUGGCCGAACUCGGUGUUCCACUCACUAAGGAAAUCGGUUUUCACCAGUACGAUGUGUAUGGAAACCUGUUGGGGCUUCUUGCAUCUCACCCCGUGACUCCUUUGGUGUCACUGCACCACCUUGAUGUGGUUGAGCCAAUUUUCCCCAACAUGAGCCGUGUACAAGCCCUUGAACGCCUCACCAUACCAAUGAAGCUUGACUCGGCAGGCCUCAUGCAGCAAUCCAUCUGCUACGACACAUCCAAGAGCUGGACUGUCUCCGUUUCCUGGGGUUUUGCUGUUCAAAUAUUUCGCGGAGUCUUUUCACCGCGAGAGAUGGAAAUGCCUUCAAGAACAUUCUUGAACUGGUAUAGAAGAGCAGAUUACACUGCAUAUGCAUUCAACACGCGUCCAGUUAGUCGAAAUCCAUGUCAGAAGCCUUUUGUAUUUUACUUCUCCAAGGCAAAGUACAACUCUACAAUGCACCAAAUAGUUAGUGAAUAUGAAAGACAUCGUGUCCCUCAUCCAGAUUGCAGGUGGAAAAUGGCUAAUCCUGCUGCUCUUGACAAAGUCGAGGUGUAUAAGAAGCCAGAUCCCCAUCUAUGGGACAGAGCUCCAAGGAGAAACUGUUGCAGAGUGAACAAGUCCAGAGAGAAAGGGACCAUGGUGAUACAUGUGGGCAUGUGUAGUGAAGGUGAAGUAAGCGAAACAUAACGGCGACAUGUUAGUGAUAAAAUUGUAGCAUGUUACAUUAAGGGAGGAGGAUUCUGGUGGAGUUUAUUGAAAAUCUUAUUUCUUUAUUUAUUGGACAGCUCAUUCUCAUUCUCACAUUGUGAAAUUUUUCUCAUUUUUUUUUCUCGGGUUCGCCGAAAAGGGGUGAGAGUGAGGGAAAAGGUCCAUGUACAAAAGAUUUGUUGUUUAAACAAAAAUGUAGAGGGGAUGGCGAAGGAGAAGGAUAAUUUGUAAUUUACAUGUUACUAAUUAAGAGAAUUUAGAAGCUUGCGUGCUUUAAGUAAUCUUUCUUCUUUCAAAGCUAA